AGUUUAACAAUUUUGAUUUGUUUCUGUAAUUGUGACCAUUUAUUGUUCAUAUUCUUUUUUGUAGUGACCAGUAUACGCGUUCACCAUGGAUGUACAGCCUGGACAUUGCUGGCGUUGUGAAAAAAUUCUCCCAGAGCAUACUGUGCCUUGCAGCCGAUGCCCGAUGGCCGUAUACUGCUCCACACAGUGUCGAGACAGGGACAGUAUCAGACACAGCGCUGUGGAGUGCGAAAUGUUUGGGGAGAAACAGUGCAGUGCUUGCGGCAAAGCUGGGAAAACAUUGCCGUGUUCAGCGUGUAACAGUGCAUGGUAUUGCAAUACAGACUGCCAACGGCGUGACUUUCCAGCACACUGGAAAAAAUGUCGGGAAAUUCUGACGUCCAUCAAGCAAAUAGCUUCGAAACUUAACAGAUUGCAAGAAUGGUUUAAUUAUGGGGAUUAUCCUGAAUACUUUGGAAACACCAUGGCAGUAGACUUCCUUCAACUUGACAACAAUGAAUGGUCCGGAAAGAACGUUGGAGAUAAACAGCUAGAUAAAAGAGAAUAUCAUAUCUUAUCUGCUGGUUGCGGAGAGCUUCGCAACACAGUGUUGACGGCUGCUUCCCUACCCACCGAGUACCAGGGAAAGCUUCACGUGACUCUUAAUGAUCUGGAUCCAUUUGUGCUGGCACGGAACGUGUUGUUUCUCUUCAUGUUGGUUCGCUUUGCAGACACUGACUACAUCGCUUCCAGUUUGACGACCAUCUGGUACUCACUCCAUAUUUCCAAGAGAGAGUAUGACUUGAUCAAGACAAGCUUGGAUGAACUCAUUCAGAUGAGUGCUCAGCAACUCAGUGAUGCCACACGAGGACUGGUGAGUGUCUUGGAUGAAGAACUUAGAUAUCUGCGCGCUGUUUGGAGAGGAUGGCAAUCACUGGAAUGUCGAAGAGACAAUCGAGCCUCUAUCAAUCUCAGAAAACAAAGACAGAACAUGUUCGAAAACAGCGACCCAAUUGAGUAUAAAGGUGAACGCUCAAGAUAUUUGAGGUGUCUGAAUGCCAAUGAUAGAAAACAGAUGGAAAAGUGGUUUGAGCAUGGUCUGUUCCUACCUUGUGAGGCAAAUCAAAGAGACAUACCAUUCGACAACCCUACACUUACUGCCCCGGAGGCAAGCAAGCUUAUAGCACCCAACGGUUGCAUACAACUUCUAGAAAGAUCUCCUGAGAUGCCGAAAGAGGUCGACAAGUUUCUAUUCAAAUACCUCAUUACCCCAUCGAGGAAUCCUUUCAUAGUAUGGGACUGUUUGAGAGUAAGAGAGCACACCCCUGGAUCCCACACCUCUCCGAUGGUGAUGUACCACAAGUAUGUGACAAACCUCCUCCAGAAAGUCAAGAGCCUCAUCCUUCAAGGGAGGCUCCUUAUCCAUGUUUCCUUGGCCAACUAUCUGGACUUUCCUAAACAUCAUCAAACGUUGAACAUGCCCAACUAUGACCGAAUCUUCACCUCCAACCUUGCCGACUUUUAUGGAUUUGCUAAACUCCUACAGAUUUUCAAGCCACUGCUCAACGCCAGCAACAGCUUCUCUGUCCUUGUCACCGAAAUUAUGCAGUUCUAUGCGAAUGUUCCUGCAGCCAACCCAACCCAACUUCCAGAACCCCAAAUUCAAAAAUUGAUUUGCGAUUACUCCCAGGACUGGCAGACAACAGAAGCAGUGUGGGGCUGUCACAUCUUCGAAUAUUACAACAGCACCCCUCACUUUCUACAGUAUCUCCGUGCAGAAAUCAUGGCAGGGGGGUUUGGCAUACCCGCACUCCAGGAUGUACCAUCAUUUGAGAAAGUGAAGAAGCAUCAGGGCUUGCGAAUGCGCGACUUCCGGAAGGAACUGAACAAACUUGUUCCGUUUCAAAAUCGAUGUAAUAUAAGGGACCUCACAAUGGCACAUCCAGGUGUCAGAGCUGUAGAGUGGUUGCUUCCAAAGACUGAAAGUUAGAUGGCAAAAUGUACUUCACAAACACAUUCUUUGCUUUGGAAGAUCUAGGAUUUUUCAAGGGGGAAUUUGGACCCAAGUGAUAUUUACUUGCAAUCGUGAACCCCAUAUUGUCCCACUUUUGUUUGUACUCUAACUUUUAUGAAGACCUCCCAUAUUUUUUGUACACGAUCGUCAAAUGUGGACCUUUGGGAAUUGUGGAUCCUAUUGUCCUCUAUUGUUCAACGUCCCGGGCCCUUUUGAAUGCUGAAAAAACU